GAUGUUUUUUUAUGUAACAAUUGGGUGACUGUCGGUCCAGUACACUGUGAAGGACCGCGGCACCUAAAGAAAUGAUUAUAGGCUACACGUCAACAGAAGAAAACCUACAUUACAUUUCUUUUCUUUUUUUGACGCUACAAUGUCGCUCCAACCGCAAGUGGAGGACGCACCGGAGGAGAGAAGCGCCUUCUUCAUUGGCGCUGACUCGGACAAUGUCUCGGAAGGGCAGGACCACCAUCAACUUAUACUACAAAAAGCCAAUGCUCUAGCAUCGGAAAACUGUCUAAAAGAAGCCAUUGAUUUGUUUUCAGUGGCUUUGCAGUAUGGCCCUGUGCGACCAGAACAAUUAAGCACCUUCGUGGACUGUAUCCUCCGCAACUUUAAGAGAAAAGCGGCUGUACCAGACUCACUUUCGGGCCGGGGUCGCGAGGCAGGGGAUAGCUGUGUGGACGAUGAUGUGUUUGACUGUCCUAACUGUCAUAGCUUUUUAGGUGAGCCUGUGACCAUAGCCUGUGGUCAUUCGUAUUGUAAAAGAUGUUUACGACGACGGCUGCUCUCCAAAUGUAGGCUGUGCAAUGCACCCGUUAGCGGUGAGGAGAAAGCGAAUAUAAUGCUGUGCGGACUUUUAGAAAAAUGGUUCCCCGACGAGCUGAAAAAGUCUAAAAGGAUAUGUGAAGUGGAUGAGCUAUGUAGAAGAAGAUGCUACCAAGAAGCUGUGUCACUAGCAACCGAUGUUAUUCAAUGUGAUCCAGAGACGACAGCGUUGGCACGACUGUCUCGGGCGGAGGCUUACAUGGCUCUGAAACAGUACCGUCCGGCUUUAAAGGACACAGAACUUAGUCCCUGGUUCAGCUGUUCUGCUGAAGCUUUGUUUAGGAAAGCUAUGGUGCUGCAUGAGAUGGGCCAAGUGGACGAGUCCCUCCAAGUCUUCCUCCACUGUCUGGCUGUGGACGAGGACUUCCCCUGUGCUAAAAGACAAGUGGAAAAGAUCCUGUGUGGCCUGCUCUCCCCCACUGAUGAAAAUGUCAAGGUCGGCCUGAGGGAAACAACACUGAACACGUCGCCUCACUUGCGCAGUAAAAGCCUCGUGGCCGAUGCCCAAGCUGGACCACACAGCCCAGUCCAAAGACAACACCAACACCAGGUCCGCACCGCCUCGGCCCACCACCAUCUGGACAACCAGGAGAAACGCUGGGAAAGCCUGGAGCGGCCUGGUCUGAGCCGAGCUCAUUCGCUACGGAUGCAUGGCUCUAGUUGUGUUGAGGAAGGGCUCAAGAGAGUUUGCUCUGCUCCUCAGCUGGGCGACGAAGACAAGGCCAGCCUGCUGAAGAGGAAGUUGUCGGUGUCAGACACAGAACACUGUGUUGUGGACAAUGGAGGUAGCAAGCUUCAAAAACAAGGUGUGGCAAAAGGCUCCAAACAAAAGGCUGCCAAAGCUAAAACCUGCAGAAGGGUUCCUGAGGAUCUGCUGGACUCCAAUGACUUGGAGUGCUCUCUCUGCAUGAGGUUGUUUUAUGAGCCUGUGACUACACCAUGUGGACACACCUUCUGUAAAAACUGUUUGGAACGCUGCUUGGACCAUAUGCCCCAGUGUCCCCUCUGUAAAGAGAGCCUGAAAGAGUAUCUAGCAUGUAGAAAGUACAUGGUGACAAUCGUCUUGGACACGCUGAUCAAACAGUAUUUGAGUCAGGAAUAUGCAGAGAGGACUAAAACUCACCUGGAGGAGACCCAAGAGCUUUCUAAUCCAACGAAGAAUGUGCCUAUCUUUGUGUGUACCAUGGCCUACCCCACCGUGCCUUGCCCCCUGCAUGUCUUCGAGCCACGUUACCGCCUCAUGAUUCGCCGCUGCAUUGACACAGGCACGCGGCAGUUUGGGAUGUGUAUUAAUGAUCCCCAGAAAGGGUUUGUAGAUUUUGGCUGCAUGCUGACCAUCAGGAGUGUCCAUUUUCUCCCUGACGGACGAUCAGUAGUGGACACCAUUGGAGGAAAACGCUUCCGGGUCCUGUCCCGAGGAAUGAAGGAUGGUUACAGUACUGCUGACAUUGAGCACCUGGGUGAUGCCAGGGUGGAGGACAGUGACGAGCUACAGAGACUACAAGAGCUGCAUGACGCAGUGUAUGAGCAGGCCUGCGUCUGGUUCCAGAACCUCAAGAUCCACUUCCACAACCAGAUCCUGCAGCACUUUGGACCAAUGCCAGAACGUGAAGCUGACAUCCAGGCAACUCCUAAUGGUCCAGCGUGCUGCUGGUGGCUGCUGGCUGUUCUGCCUAUCGACCCACGCUACCAGCUGUCUGUCCUCGCCAUGACCAGCCUCAAAGAACGCCUGGUGAAGAUCCAGCACAUCCUCACAUAUCUGCAGAGCAUCCCCAGCAACUAGAGCUUCUUCUUCUCAUCACCGCAAACAUCCUUUAAACUUUGAAAUGACAUUCAAGCAACCCUGUAACAACAUUUCACCAACUUUUGUUUCUACUGCCAUCUGAUCCUUCAACUUUUCUUUUUACAGCUAAAAGACACCUCGUUUUACAGUUCUUCACAUAAAGCCUACACUAGAUAAAAGCAAAGCUGAAACAUCCUUAAACUGUGGGCAAACCACCUCAGGGAUGCUUUCGCUGAGGCACAUUAUUUGUUUGUGACUGUGGGAAAUUAUUAAAAAAAAAAAAAUAAGACAAAUAUGACAGAAACUAUUCUCAUCUGCCUGCAUUGUUAAUGCUGUUUGAUUUUUAUAAGAACGUCCCUGAAUGCCUGUUGAAAAGAGAAGAGCAGUUGCUACUCCACUUGGUUGAUGCUGACAAAGGCAGCAAUAGAGAGAAGUAUAUCCAACAAUCAAUCUUGAGUAUACCUUCUUUAAAGAGCACUUUGCUGAGCUGAGGUGAAGAGAGUAUUAUAGUUUGUGUUGUAUCGUCUCUGAUGACCAGGGACGGGUGUUUUUUGUUUUGUAUGCUGAUUUGAUUUAUGCUAAUAUGGAGGAGGGGUGAUGUGAUUUGUGGAACAAAAUCCUAAAUGCAGAAAGUCCAAAAAUGUUGAUAGCAAGAUGUGGUUUAAAAGAACCAUUGACAAGAGAUUUGUGCAAAACCAAGUGCAACUAAAGGCUGUCGCAUGUAUACCAAACACUCAUCAAAGUAUUAAUCUUUAUCUUCCAAGAAUCACGUUUUCUUCGUACUCACUUCCCCCAUAUGCCUACAAUGCACAACUUCCAUCGCUGCCUCUUAGUAGUGGCAAAGGACCCUCCUGUUAAAAGAACGAGAUGAUCUGUGUGGUUUUUUUCUGUUUUCCACCUUGAGAUUCUUCCCAGGCUUUUUGUCUGUUCUAACAUCAUGUCAGAGGAACACUUAUGGCCCUGAAAUCUUAAAGGCUUUUCUUUCUCUCACAGUUAACGUUAAGUCGUAUGCACUAUUAAAACAAACAAAAUGUUUGUUUUGUUAUGGACCUUUGGAGAUCCUGGUGGAGUUUGACGAGAAGAAGUAUUAAAGAUAUAGUGGUUCUGUCGAUGUAUUGCUUAUCUCCUCUAAACCAAAAGAUUCAACUACUCAUUACAUUAACUUAACCUGAAUUAAUUUAUAAGUUAGAAUAUAUUUGUACAUUCUGACCAUGUGUUUGUAUGAGAAAUUCUAAAAGGGUCCUGCAAUAUUAUGACAAAUCAAAACGACAAACGCAUAAUGUGUACAACUAAUGGGUUACUUAGCAUUAUUCUUCAUUCAAAGCUGCUCUCUGUCUACUUUGAGGAGAGAGAUGACGGUACCUGCAUUGCUUCAGUCGGGACUGCAUUUGCCUUACGCCAUUUUGCAUUGAUAUUUGAAAACACGGUAUGUUGGUUUGUACCAUUCCUUUCUGCCAUAGCGUGAAGUAUGCUUGAAUUAUUUUUCUUUAAGUUAGAAGGCACUAUUUGUGUAUAAAUUAAUCUCAGAGAAACAAUUCAAGUCAAGUCUGUUGUAUGUAAAUCAUUUGGGGAAAAAAGGCUUUUUGGACAGAUCUAGCUUUUGGUCAAAUGUUAAGUUAUCAAUUUUCAAUAAUAAAAACACUUCUUUUUCAAUUUCA